AAACUAUUUAUCAGCUGUAUUUUUCCAUAUGCUGACGCAUACGAAAAAUUUGUAAACAUUUUUAAAUUGAACAAACUAUACAUACAUAUAUCGUCGUGAAAAAAACCAGAGUAGUUUUCGCGGUAUACACUACAAAAAUACAAAGUGCCGCACCGCACGCUGUUUAGCAAAGUCUAGGGCAAAUAUUCGGCCGAAAAUAAUACUUGCCGCGGCAACUGAACUGUGCAUACAUAUUUUUCGUGCAACAUUCGUAGGGCGAGCCUGGUGAGCUUCAAAUUGUGUUGUUCUACGUCGAUCUGGUGACGGAGACGCCAUCGCUGUUGCCGUUGAUUGUCGCCGCGCCUGCGCCUGCGCCUUCUAGCGGGCCGUGAGUCAGGGGUAACGCCUGCCUGCCUGACGUGCAACUGGACGCCAUGCCUCCUAAAAAGAACCCAGGCGCACGGCGCCGUGGUACAACUUUGUCGCUGAACGAAUUCUUGCGCCACGAUGACGAUUCAAAUCCGACAGAUCCGACCUGUGACCCGAAUCCGCCGAUGGCGACUAAUGGAUCCAGUCGCUCUCGUAAUGAUCAGCCAUCCAAUCGAUCUUGCAAUAAUGCCCGUCGAAAUGUAGGAAAGCUUUCACCCUCUGCUGUUGGACUCCAUCGCUCAAAUCCAUUUAAUCCGACCGAUACCAAGCCGCCGAUGGCGACUUAUGGAUCCAAUCGCUCUCGUAAUAGUGCUCAUCAAUAUAACGAUCAGACAUCCAUAGCUGCAGUUGGAUCCAAUCGUUCUGGUAACAAAUCCCGUCGAAAUGGCGACAGGCCAUCCGCUUCUGCAGUUGGAUCCAAUCGUUCUGGCAAUAAAUCCCGUCGAAAUGGCGACAGGCCAUCCGCUUCUGCAGUUGGAUCCAAUCGUUCUCGUCGGGAGUCAAAUCCACCAAACCCGACAGAUACCAAUCCUCAGAGCCAUCAAUUCGGCGGUCCAGCUGGGUCCAAUGGCUCUGAUAAUAGAACCCUCCAAAAUUACGAGAAUCCAAAAAUGCCAAAUACCGCUGAACUUGGAUACAAUCAGCUAUUCCGCCCUGGCGUACAAUUAACUCAGAUAUUUGGUUAUACCAUCGCUGCAAAUCCCGAUCAGCUGCUAAAUUCACCAACACCAGAACCGACAGAUACCGAUCCGCCGAUGGCGGCUAAUGGAGCCAGUUUCUCCAGUAUUAAUACCCCUCAAAAUGACGCUCCUCCAGAGACGUCUGCAGAUGGAAACGAGAAUCUUUCGAACGUCGGAGACGACGACAUUUUGCGCCAACGCUUUAGUCAGUUCCAAGAGCAAAAGUUAGUGGAAAAAUUCUGCCGCGAGACACAUUUGCUGAAAAUAGUCGAAGGGACCGUUGCAGCAUUCAUCGAGGACUACAGACGCACACGCACACGCACACCCGAAAAACUGCUGACGCCAUUGCUGCUGCGCCUCGACUUUAUCUACGCUGAUCUGUUGACGCAUGCUCCAUCGCUGUUGCCGCUCAUUGUCGAAGAGCCCCUGCAGUUUGGCCUAGCCGUCAAGUAUUCGGUGUACGGCCUAGUGCGGGACCAAUUGAAGGUAGCCGGCCUCAAGCCAAUCGACAUUGGCCAGUUGCACGCACAGUGGCGCGUCGUGGGGCUGCCCUACAGUCCCAAUUUGCUGUUCGAUCCGGCCGCGCAUUCGCUACGCCUCGGCCUGUCCCUGGUCCAGGGCAUCCUUUCGGCCUAUACCCCAACUGAGACACUGGUCCUCCAAUCGACUUGGUACUGCGGCAGCGGGUGCAUGCGCAACGCACUGCAAACCAGCGCCACAGAUGCGCCAUUGUGCCCCAAUUGCUCGCGGCCCAUGAGUGAAUACCAAAAAUUGAGAGUAACAGAGACCUAUCGCCUGCUAGCCAUUCUGCCCAGCUCCUGCGUUCAGACGCCGCGCUCCGUUGACCGUAUCCAUCGCCCUACCAUAGUACGGCUUAGAGCAUAUGCCUACACCUGCGACCUGAAGUUGGGAGCCAAAUACCUAAUCACUGGGCAUUUUUCCGGAUCUACGAAUUACAGCUUUGAAGCAUGUCAUCUAAAAAGCGCCUAGGGGCACGCCGCCAGGGUACGGCUGCUGUCCCACUCAAUGAAUAUUUCUGCAGCGACGAGGAGCCGCAAAAUACCUCGAAUCCGGUCGGUUC